GUAGAAGCCUAUCCGUUUAGCAUCACCCACCUCAAUCUCAAGUUUUGAACAAAAGAGUAGGAGGAGAAGAGUGUAGUGACCGAGAACCGAACACAAUGGCUUCUGUAACUCCAACUGAGAACACCACCACCAAAUGCGAGUUACCCAAUCCAUUAGCAAUAUUCACAGUUAUCUCACCACCUUUCAAUCCCCAACAAUUCUUCUUCAAACCCACUUCAACUGUAGUUCUUGCACUUUCUCCCGUUGAAAUUCUUCACAAUUUCCACAAAACUAUCGCUUCAAACGCUGAAAAAUGUCUCCAAUUUCUUCAUUUUUCUGCUACCCAGAACCCCCUUUUGAACAAUCUCCUCAAUUUCUCUUCGCACCUCCAGAACUUUUCUCAGGCUCACUGGAGAAGCCAUAGGAGUUUAAAUUCUCUGUCAAGUCACAACUUUGCUGCUGUUUUACCGGGUGAUUCAGUCGCAGGACUAGUGGUUGCAAAUGGCAUUUCAAAUUUCCUGAAUAUCUACAAUACACUGUUAGUUGUCAGGCUUGUUUUGACAUGGUUUCCAAGCGCUCCACCCCAAAUUGUUAGUCCCCUCAGCACCUUAUGUGACCCCUACUUGAACAUAUUUCGUGGACUCAUCCCACCACUCGGGGGAACCUUGGAUUUAUCACCCAUAUUAGCAUUCCUCGUUCUGAAUGCUUUUACAAGUGCAUCUGCUGCACUCCCUGCUGAACUUCCACCAGCCAUGGGUUCUCAAGAUGGUUCACUCAAGCCAGGAUUAUCAGAUCUUACUGCCUCACAGAAGAAGUGGCAGAAAAGACUUCAGAGUAAGAGCUCAAGUACUUCCGAUCAUCCCAAUUAAAUCCAUAAUUUUGUACGAAUUACCACGGCCAUCUACAUCUACUAAGAUGUUACUUAGGCAGGCAAGCAUACAUAGAGUUCUGCUUGAUGAAAAUCUCUUUUGCUGAUACUUUGUAGCAAUCGGUGGAAUUUUAUUUUAAAUUCUGCUUUGUAAGACCAAAAUCCGUGCUAGUUUUUUUCCUGUAUAUUACACGCACUAGGUAUCCAUAUACGAAGUAAUUAAAGUAAAUUCUUUCAAUAUUA